AUGUAUAACAAGACAACCAGGGAUAUUGCUCUCUGGAACCCUGCUACGAGGCAAUUUAGACCUCUUCCGAAGUCGUCAAAUGGAAACCCCAAGGUUGGGUAUUACCAUACUGAUUUUGUUGGUAUCGGUUUUGAUGUUGAAACCAAGGAUUACAAGGUGAUAAAAGUCUCUUCUCUCGAGCCCAAAACAAAACAAGCAGCGUUACCGCUGGACCGCUUGCCCGAAGUUCAGAUAUACUGCCUAAGUACUAAUUCUUGGAGGUUGAUAGACUCAGAUUUCCCUGCUCAUUGCUGUAUCCCAUUAAUUGGAAGGAGUUUGAAUGGCAUUUAUUUCCGUCAAGGUGUGGACUACACUCCAGCAGAUCCUAUUAAGCGAGUGAUUUUGUCAUUUGACUUGUGCAAAGAAAAAUAUCAAAGAGUACUACUACAGAUUCCAGAAAAUAACUUGGUUCAGUUAGAAUCAAUAGGUGAUAAACUAGCUUGCAUUACGGCCACUAUGGGAUGUUUUGGACAAUACAAGGUAUGGAUGUUGAAUGAUUUUAAUACGACCAAGGAGCUGUGGACUGAGAUUUAUAAAUUUGAACUUAGAUUUUCUCGUAUCCUUUCAAUUUCUUGGAAUGGAAAGUUUGGUUUACUUAUGGGCAAUACUUUGGUAUUGCACAACUUAGUUACUGGUGAGUUUAAGAAUUUUGGUUUUGGGGGAAUAAAUAUGUAUGCUCUUACGGCUAAUAUCUAUAAGGAAAGCCUCGUUUCUGUCCAUGCAAAUGGUUCAGCAACUAAAGCUAUCUCCAGCUAA